CAACUCGCACCAACAAUGAUGGAGGAGGAGCCCGACACCCCGUCCCUCGUGGACCUCCUCCAGCACACCGCCGCGUCCCAGCACCUUCCAGUACCCGAUCUCAGAGCUUCCGCGGCGCAAGAGUACCUGGAUACGCUGCAGUCGCUGCCGCUCAAGGCAUUACUCGCUGAGGCCGGGGCAAUCGCAGAGGCGGCCGGCGGCGUCGAGGGAGAGCUCACCAACCUCUGUUAUCGCGAAUAUACUACCUUCAUCAGCGUGCACAAGUGUUCGGCGGCUGUCACCAGCGCCUUUGACGACUUCAGCAGUUCACUCGGGCGGCUGCUUGACGCCGUGCCAGCGCUUGAAGAUGAGUGCCGCACUUUCGUGCGCAGCACGGCAGGAGUGCAGGAAGCUCGGGCGAAGGCUGCACUUGUGCAAGAACAUCAGGACAAGCUAUUCGACCUCCUCGAAAUACCGCAGCUUAUGGACACAUGCGUUCGCAACGGAUACUACCAGGAGGCCCUCGAGCUUUCCGCUCACACUACCAGCUUGGUCAAACGUUACCCAGCCGUUGAGCUCGUGCAGGACGUGGCAAAGGAGGUCGACGGUGUGCUCCAGCUUAUGCUUGCGCAGCUACUCGCCCUCCUCCGUGAGCCGAUCAAACUCCCCGCUCUGGUCAAGACCGUUGGGUACCUCCGCCGCUUGCACAUCAUCGGCGAGAAUGAGCUUGGCCUCGCCUUCCUCGUGUCGCGCCUCAGCAACUUCCGGACACAGCUAGGCGCACUCGAGCGUGAUCGGCCAGACCCCGUCCGCUACGUGCGAAAGUAUGUCGACCUGUUCCGCGAGCACGUUUUCGACAUCAUCUCGCAGUUCAGCGCCAUCUUUGAUGGCCAGGAUGGUGCGGCGCAGCUCGCCUCGUUUGUCGGCCAGUGUGUUGACGAGCUUGUCGACGUGGUCGCCUCGAAUGUGCCGAAUAUGAACGACGCGGCGUCGCUCUCCUCCAUUCUUGUGCAGCUCGGAUAUUGCGCGCUCGCGUUUGCACGCGUCGGUCUCGACUUCUCCUCCCUCGUGACAGAUCCAUUCGCGGACGCCGUUACAUCUGCGUUCAACGGCGCCGUUGCAGACGCGACGAAGAGUCUGACAGCGACGCUCGCGCAGGCUGAGAAAGGGUCCAACAGCCCAAGCUCCGCCCUCCUUGCGCCGGAGGCCCUCCCCGCCCUUCUCUCAGCCGACACCCCCUUCUCCUUCAUCCCCUGGUCCGGCUCGCUAGAGGCUCUGCCCGACCUGGCCAAGUUUUCGCCCCUCGCAAUCCUGGUUAACGCGCACCUCUCAGCGCUCAACUCACUCCGCCUCCUCGCUCCUCUCCACCUUCACCCAGCGCUGGCCGCGACUCAAUGCGCAGCCCUGACAAAAUGCACGCACGCCGUCGCGCAGUAUGUCCGGCAGGCUGUGGCAGUGAGCGACCCUAUGAACCCGGGUGGCGGGCACAAGCAGUCCGGCUCUGGUCGCGCGCAACUGAUCAGAAGAAAUUCGGAGACGCAGCUCACGCCUGAGGCGCGCGCCGCGCGCCGACGCGAGGCACAACGCACAUGCGUCGCGUUCGCUGAUGCGUGGGCGCACGCGGUUGUCCCACUUCUGCGGGCAGCGCUCGACACCGGCGUGUUCGAGGAGGCGCUGGACGAUAGCGCCGAGCUGCUGGAGACGCUCGAGACUCUUGAUGCGUGGGUUCGUGAUCAACAGGAUGAGGGCGCGGAGAGUCCCGUGAAGGAGGCGGCUCGCACGCCCAACGGCUCGGGGGCCGUCACGCCCAUGGCUGUACACGACGAGGCUGUCGACGAGCCAGAAGAGAUGGCAAUGGAGGAGCGCGCAGCCUCGCCUGUGCGGACACCGUCGCCAGUCAAGGCAGCUCGCUCACCAUCGCCACUGAAAGCGGCCUCUCUUGCACGCUCGCCAUCCCCCGUCAAUGGUACAACCUUGCCGAGGAUGGCAUCCCCAGUGAAUGAGCGGUCUGCGUCACCGCCGAAGGAGAGGUCGCCCUCGCCCGUUAAGGCCCCCUCACCAAUAGCAGCACCCUCGCCAGAGGCAGCAAGGGCACCCUCGCCCGUCAAGGCGUCAUCUCCAGUGAGAGGGCCCUCGCCGGUGAAAGCGCCAUCUCCAGUGAGAGCACCCUCGCCAGAGAAGGUGCCCUCGCCAACGCCUUCGCCCUCCCCGGUGAAAGCGGCAUCGCCAGUGAAAUCUCCAUCUCCGGUGAGAGCGCCGUCGCCGGUGUCGUCAGGGCAGCAGAGGUCGCCAUCUCCAGCCAAGGCCCCCUCUCCCGCCCGCUCCCCCUCCCCAAAACCCCUCCCACAAUUCGCCAUCGAUACCCCCUCAGCGGCCCCUACACCCGCAGCAUCUGCGACGCCCGCGCCGCUGGCAACACCAGCCGUCGAAACACCGGCUCGUGUCGUAACACCAGAGCCCGCGGCACAGGAAGUGUUGGCACCAGAAACAGGAGCGGAUGCAGCCACCGAGCAGCCAAAGCAGCUUGAGACACGGACCGCGGAGAUGGAGGUGCCCAGUGUGGAUGCCGCAGCGCCGCCUCCGAUCGCCGAAGAUGCGGUGACGACGCAUGUGCCCUUAAACUCCAAGCCUGAGCCAGUCGCUGCCCCCGCGCCCGUCGGCAGCAAUGGCGAUGCUGAAACAAGCCAGCGAUCGCCGGUCACGGACGCGAUCGCCUCAGCAUCGGUAAUCUCGGCGUCAGACGCCGAACCCACGGUGGCCACCAGCUCUCUAACACCUGAGAAGACGUCCGACAUCGUCGCGACGCCUACUCCCGCGGAUGUGCGUGCGCCACCAUCGAUUGCAGCGGCAUCAGCUGAGCCCGACGCUAAGGCCGAAACGGCCCCCGCCCCUUCGGCACCCGAGACGCUCGUACCCCCACCAGUAUCAGCAUUCGAGACGCCAGUGGAAGAAGCGGAUGAUGACCCUGCCGAGUCGACUGAACCGUCUCGGCCACCAUCGCCUACUGCAGCAGCACCGUCGACAAGCGGAGGAGGCAAGAAGAAGAAGAAGAAUAAGAAGAAGAAGAAGUAGACGUAGACGUAGAGGGGAGGUGCAUUCGCCCACUAUAAACGACGCCAUGCAUGACGCAUAUUAGACAUAUCCCUCACAA